AUGACAAACCAUACGGAUUCCGAACCGCAAAGAAGACCAAACCCCAAAGGUUGGACCCAGCCCAAGGCUCCAUACAACCCAUAUGAUCCCACAGAUGUGCGCCCUCCAGAAGGGUAUCCUUCUGAGUUCAGUAUUCCGGGAAAUGCGCCAUCUGGAUUCUCCUCGAUUCCCAAAGAGGCCACCCAGUAUAAGAAAGUCAACCAAACCAUGAAAAAGCUCAACUAUACGCCCCGGCCACUAAGCGAAGUUUAUCCAGGCCAAUACAAGGUGUUACGAAAGAUUGAUACGUAUAAUCGGUUGAACAUAGGUAGUAAAUGGUUUGGGACAUUUCUUACCUCAACCCUAGUGAUAUAUGGGCUCUUUUUUUAUAGGUGGAACGAUGGCUAUGAGAAUGUCACUCUGGACUUCUACCGAGCACGGUUACGGUUGAAGGAGACCAUGUUGAGACUCACGGAUGAAGAGUAUAAUGAUUUGUACUAUCCUAAGGGCAGUAAUAUUGUUGUGAAGAAGGUGAGGGAUACUGAUUAUAUUCCUGAGGACAUCAGACGAACCAAGGAAGGGAGCAUGGCAUUGAAUAGACCGGCUGAAAGACAUGUUUUGGAGGCCCAGAGAAUCCAGCAGCAAAGAGAAGAAGCCAAGUUGAGAGAAGAUAGUGCGGUGGUGGAGAAGAAGAAGAGUAAGUGGUGGAUAUUUUGA